AUGAAGGUUGUCGCGGCUUACCUCCUCGCGCUUCUCGGAGGCAACGCGAGCCCCGCCGCUGCCGAUAUCAAGGGCAUUCUUUCGUCAGUUGGCGCUGAGGCUGAUGAUGACAGGAUAGGUCUGCUGCUGAAGCAGCUGGAGGGCAAGGACAUUAACGAGGUCAUCGCGGCCGGCCGAGAGAAGUUCGCCGCGGUGCCCAGCGGUGGCGGCGUUGCCGUUGCCGCUUCAGGCGGUGGCGGUGCCGCUGCUGCUGCCCCCGCUGAGGAGAAGAAGGAGGAGAAGAAGGAAGAGGAGAAGGAAGAGUCUGACGACGUACGUAACUUCCGUUUCAUCUCCAAUGCUGUUUUGUUUGCUUAA